AUGGCAUCCGUUUCGGCUCCUGCUCAGACAGCCUCCGCUCCCUCUCCGGGGCUCCAGAGAGGCAUAGUAAAGAUGGUCCUAUCAGGGUGCGCCAUUAUUGUGCGCGGUCAGCCUCGUGGCGGCCCGCCUCCGGAGCGCCAGAUUAACCUCAGCAACAUUCGAGCUGGAGCUAUGGCCCGACGAGCUGCCCAGAGCCAGCCCGACACGAAGGACACCCCCGAUGAGCCGUGGGCCUUUCAAGCCCGAGAGUUCCUGCGGAAGAAGCUGAUCGGCAAAGAAGUGUGCUUCACUGUCGAGCUCAAGACCGCUCUGGGCCGCGAGUAUGGCAUGGUUUACCUAGGAAAAGACACAAGCGGGGAGAACAUCGCCGAGUCGCUGGUGAACGAGGGCCUCGCCACAGUGCGGCGUGAAGGAAUCCGAGGCAACAAUCCGGACCAGGUAAGACUCUGCGAUAUGGAGGACCAAGCCAAAUCAUCCAAGAAGGGCAUGUGGAGCGAUGGCAGUGGCGCGCACACCAUCCGCGACCUCAAGUACACCAUCGACAACCCGCGCAACUUUGUGGACUCCCUGCACCAGAAGCCCAUCAACGCUAUCAUUGAGCACGUGCGCGAUGGCAGCGUUGUCCGUGCCCUGCUUCUGCCCGACUACUACCUAGUCACCGUCAUGCUGUCUGGAGUCAAGUGUCCCACAUUUAAGCGGGAAGCAGACGGCACAGAGACGCCGGAGCCGUUUGCCGCAGAGGCCAAAUUCUUCACCGAGUCGAGGCUGCUGCAGCGGGAUGUGCAGAUCAUCCUGGAGAGUUGCCCUAACCAGGUCAUCCUAGGAACCAUCAUGCACCCGAAUGGCAACAUCACAGAACUCCUGCUAAAGGAGGGCUUUGCCCGCUGCGUUGACUGGUCCAUGGCCGUCUACACGCAGGGGGCCGAGAAACUGCGAGCAGCUGAACGAUCUGCUAAAGAGCGUAAAGUACGUAUCUGGAAGGACUAUGUGGCGCCCACAGCCAAUUUGGACCAGAAGGACAGGCAAUUUGUGGCCAAGGUAAUGCAGGUACUUAAUGCUGACGCUAUGGUGGUCAAGGGCAACUCAGGAGAGUACAAAACCAUCCACUUGUCCAGCAUUCGGCCUCCCAGGAUCGAGGGCGAGGAGAAGAGCAAGGACAAAGACAAGCGAUUCCGUCCGCUCUAUGACAUCCCCUACAUGUUUGAAGCCCGCGAGUUCCUCAGGAAGAAGCUCAUCGGGAAAAAGGUCAACGUGACAGUGGACUACAUCAGAGCAGCCACUGGAGCCGGCGAAAGCACACCAGCCUUCUCAGAGCGCACCUGUGCCACGGUCACCAUUGGUGGCAUUAACAUCGCAGAGGCUCUAGUCAGCAAAGGCCUGGCCACGGUUAUCAGAUACAGACAGGACGACGACCAGCGCUCCUCGCACUACGACGAGCUGCUAGCCGCAGAGGCACGGGCCAUCAAGAACGGGAAGGGGCUGCACAGUAAGAAGGAGGUUCCCAUUCACAGAGUGGCAGACAUUUCUGGGGAGACGCAGAAAGCAAAGCAGUUCCUGCCAUUCCUGCAGCGGGCCGGACGUUCUGAGGCAGUCGUCGAGUACGUCUUUAGCGGAUCCCGCCUCAAGCUGUACAUGCCCAAAGAGACGUGCCUGAUCACCUUCCUGCUCGCCGGUAUCGAGUGUCCACGCAGUUCCAGGAACACCCCGGGGGGCAUGCAGGUGGCGGAGCCUUUCAGUGAAGAGGCCAUGCUCUUCACCAAAGAGCUGGUGAUGCAAAGAGAGGUGGAGGUGGAAGUGGAGAGCAUGGACAAAGCCGGCAACUUCAUCGGCUGGCUGCACAUCGAAGGCGUCAACCUUUCUGUGGCGCUGGUGGAGAACGCCCUAUCCAAGGUCCACUUCACGGCCGAGCGAAGCAACUACUACAAAACGUUGGUAUCGGCUGAGGAGGCAUGCAGGCAGAGGAGGGAGAAGGUUUGGGCCAACUAUGAGGAGAAACCCAAAGAGGAAGUGGUACAUCUCUCUGAGGAGAAGGAGCGCGUUGCCAAAUACAGACCGGUGUACGUCACGGAAAUCACAGACAUGCUACAUUUGUACACGCAGGACGUAGAGACAGGAGCCCAGUUGGAGAAUCUGAUGGCCACCAUGAGAGCGGAGAUUGCUACCCAGCCCCCUGUGGAAGGAGCCUUCGCGCCACGCCGCGGUGAUUUCUGCAUAGCUAAAUUCGCAGAGGAUGGCGAAUGGUACAGAGCCCGAGUGGAGAAAGUGGAGUCACCGGCCAAAGUGCAUGUUUUCUACAUCGACUACGGCAAUAGAGAAAUCGUGUCGUCCACACGCCUCGCCGCCAUACCGCCAGCUUUCAGCACCAGGACACUCCCAGCGCAGGCCACGGAGUACGCCUUCGCUUUCAUCCAGGUGCCACAGGAUGAGGACGCCCGCGCCGACGUGGUGGACUGUGUGGUGCGCGACAUCCACAACACUCAGUGUCUGCUCAACGUGGAGUACACGGGCGCCAGCUGCCCGCACGUCACAAUCCAGUUCGGCGACACCAAGGAUGACGUGGGCCUGGGCUUGGUCAAGGAGGGCCUGGUCAUGGUGGACGUGCGCAAGGAGAAGCAUCUGCAGAAGAUGGUAAAAGAAUACCUGAACAGUCAAGAAUCUGCCAAGAGUGCCAGGCUCAACAUUUGGCGCUACGGGGACUUCCGGGCUGACGACGCCGACGAAUUUGGCUACAGGCGCUAA